ACGACGUCACACGCUGUCGACACGGGGAGCUGCAUCACAGUGUAUUGUGUGUACAGCUGAGAUUAAUGUAAAAUUCUCCAGGUUUACAUAUAUAUUAAAAUGGUGGGGAAAAUCAAACAUGUCCGGCAGAAGCUCCACCAGGAGGCCGUGAAGCUGCACCCACAGUCCGUGUUAUCACCGCCGAGUCUGGCGGUAGAGAGACCCGCUGCUGCUGCUGCGGAGCCACACAAAACAAGUACUACACUGCUGGGGAAUAACAAGAACAACGCCAGACAGGCCCUGGGACAGAGCUCCUUCCCCUCUGGGAUCUUCUCCGGCACUCACAUAUCUCCAGAGGCCCUGGUACAGACUCUGAAGCUAGAAGAAGCUCCACAUGUACCAGAACCAGCUCCAGCACCUGCCAAGACAGGCCAAGAAGACAAGAAACUCAAGACAAAGAAGGAGAAGAUGAAGGAGAGGAGGGAUCGAUGGAUGAACAAGAUCAGCUCCAUCAAACUGGCGAAGGAGAAGCAGGCGUUGGAGGCCCGGCGGCAGGCCACGCCGGUGGUGGGGGACAUGAGGCCGCUGGCCGACGCCCUGCCGGAGCUCUUUGAACUCAUCGGGCCCUCCACCGCGGCCCCCGCAGCGCGCCGCAAGAGCCGGAAAAACAAAGUGCCGGUGAAGAGGCCUGAGCCGACAGAUUUCAGCCAGAUGAAACAGUCACAGAAACGCCGAUUCCUGGAAACGGAGAGCAGCCGGUUCGACAGCGCGGUGAAGACGCUCUCCGCCAAGAUGAACCCUCUGGCGGAUAUCGGGGAGCAGCUGAGGAAGAGGAUGAGGCAGGAGGAAGAGCAGGGGCCCAGCUAACAGCAGCUCCUCCACAGACACUCAUCUACAGAUGCCCCCUUUCCCUGACUGAAUCAUGCUCCACACAGAGGUGAAGACGAAGUGUAGUAUUUGCACUUCACUCCUCCUCUUCAGUAAUAAACCGUUAACUCUGA